UGCUAAUUUUAACCCUAUAGCAUCAAUAGGGCAUAGAAUUAUACGCAAUUUGCAGAUGCACAAUGAGCUUGUGAGAGAUCGGAUGCCCAGCUUUGCCAAUUGUAGGAAGGUUUUAUUUUUCACUGUUGUGUCUUCUUCCUGGGUUAUUGCAGAUCAAUUUCCCCUAAUCUCUGUUCAUCUCUCUCAAACGCGAAUUCGAGCUGAUGAGGAUUCUCAAUGGACUUCAAAUGGGUUUUUGAAAAUGUGUAGUGAGUCAGUUGAUGAGCUUUUUAUUGCCAUCUUAGACUGCAUCCUUGAUAUUGUUGCUGAUGUUAAGAGAACUUAUGAGUUAGUGGGUCGUUAAUAAUUUUGUGUGCUGAUUGAUGACAUCCUUAGAGACGUUGUAGUGAAAAGUAUUUUAAGGCAUCUCUGGAAGGUUAUGCUUGGGUGUUACUAGAUGGAGGUCCUUCACGCGCAUUUUUUGAUUUUGGUGUUGUCAUGAUGGAAGAUGCCUCAAUACAUUAAAAGUAAGUCCUCUCCUAACUUUUUUAUUACUCCAGUAUCCUCCUAAUUUUUUAUUAUUAGCGGUCAUUGUGCUUAUUAAAGCAAUAGUUGAAUUUGGUGUUCUCAAGCGGAAGUUAUUUUAACCUAACCUGGCCAACACGAUUUCCCCUCAAAGUCCUACUAAAUUCUAUUGCAUAGAACACUUGGUGUAGUUUUCCAAUUAUAUCUUUUUCCUAUUCAAAAUGUUUCUGGGUAUUAAAAUUGAAGUUACAAGCAGGAAAAUAAAGUUGAUAACUUUCUUUGCCUCUCGAUACCUUCAUUAGAGAAUGAAGUCUCAUAAGUUCUGUAAUCUUCGGAAGUCAAGGAGUUGCCCGGAGAUUCCUGAAGUAGUGGUGUUAGUAUGAACAAGAGAAACUCUGUUAUAGCCAUUUUUAUACAUUAAAUGUGCAUUGUGGAUAGAGAAAUACAUAGAAUUGAUGGCAUCUUCAGUUUUGAUUGUUGCCAGCAAAGUGUAGAUCUUCAACUAUUAGAAAAGUUGUAUAUUUCUAUUUUCUAAGUUGUCUUCUUUCAAAUUAUAGAUUAUUUAAGGUGUGUAAUCUUCUGAACAUUUCAAGUUGACCUUAUCUUUUCCAAGUUCGUCAUUUUAAUUUUUA